AUGGUCUUAGGGAAAGACGAGAAAAGGAACGAACGGCUUGGGGCGGGACCGAACUGGAUAAGGCGAGGAGCACCACACCCAAUAAAUCCCGGCGCGCUGACAAGGGCCAAAAUGCACGGUAUGCUUUUGUGCCUGCUUGGAGUCGUCGCCGUGGCCGCCGCCGCCCCAAUCGGCGCCCACCAGACGACCGACGUGGAAGAGGCCGGUGUCCCGAUCCACAUCGAAAACCGAUCCAACGAGCCGGUAGUCGUCUCCUCUGAUGGCAAGGGGGCUACGGUGAAGAUUGGAGAGACGGAGGCUUCUACCGGAACUUUCCCGACGCCUUGGGGACCCGUGACCCUGAUCACUGACGGAAAAGCGACCCUAAACGUCAACUUCACGCCCAAGCACAUGAACAUUGUGGUGGGGCUGAACCCGGAUGAGUGGACCGGAGAUAUGGAA